AUGACCGAUGUAGCCCCACCGAUAUAUUCAAACCAGACUUUGUUUGCUUUGCAGAGCAGUUCAAGAUAUGCCUGGACCGGAUUUAACAUUUUCCUGCUCUUCUCGUCCCUAGUAGGUGAUAGUAUCAUCCUAGUAGCUUCCAUAAAGUACAAUGCUUUCAAGCUACACAAAAUGAGUGUAGUGCUGAUUCAGCACAUGGCUAUUUGUGACUUGAUGCUGGCGAUGACUCUGAUCCUUCCAACCAUCGUUUCGUUAACCUCAAACGAGUGGGUUCUUGGAAGCACAAUGUGCUUUCUUCAGCCAUACUUUGUGCAUUUGGGCUAUACUGGGAGUAUCUAUUUCACCCUAGCGAUGACAACGACCAAACUGAUCAUUCUCAAGAACCCAUUUCUAGCACGGGAGUGGUCAAGAAAAAAGGCUCACCUAAUUUGUGUACUGAUUUGGAUCUUCUCUCUUGCUGUUGACCUAAUGGUCAUCAGCACUGGCCCAAAAGAUGCAUAUUUUGAUUACAGACGGUACUGCUGCAGAUCUGGUCUCAGUGCUCCUAUUUGGAGAAUAGUUCUCCUACCUCUGGUCGCAUUAUUCGUUGGCAUCCUACCUGUUGCCUUGGUGAUCAUCACUACCCUGAUGUUGCUUUGGAAAGCUUGGAAAAUUACCAGACGAGGAGGAAAGAACCUGAAACUGGAGGGAGUCCUGACGGUAGUCCUGACUGCCACUGUCUUCACUAUCUCCUUCCUUCCCUACACAACUUAUCACAUCGGAUCAAACUUCGCUGCCAAAGACCCACUGAGUACCUAUCAUGUCCUCUUUUUCACAGUGGCGUCGAACAUAAUGUCGAUCAACAUAAUGUGCAAUUUCUACAUAUACAGCCUAACUGUGCAUAGCUACAGGCAGUUCCUUGUGACCAGACUCGGUCUUGCAAAUCGGAAAAGCCCCGAUAUCUCUGGAGACACUGCACUGUCUCUAAGACGAAAAGACAAAGAAGGACUGGAUAUCGAGUUGAACAUUGAAAGAUCAGCCUGA